GUAAUUAGCAUCUAAUAAUGAAGCCAGCAACGUAAGCCGCGGUGAAAUGGACUUAAAUCUUUGUCCAGAAUCUUGGAUGAAGCCAUAUUUUGUAGAAUUUCUUAUCAUCACUAACCGCGGAUAGAGGAUUCAGCAGUACCGCGUCACCCCAUUUCACCUGACAAACUUUUGAACGCUAUGGACUUUGGAGCAAAUUGGUCGCCAUCAUGUUUCCUACCUUUUCGCUGUCGUUACUCGUUCCCGUGAGAAGCACUCACAAAGACUACGAAACCUUGAAAAAAAAUCUGAGGAUCAAGCAAGCGAUGCAUAUCUUAAAAAACAGGUCUCACCAAAAUUGCCUCCCGAGAAAAAUCACUUCACCACCCAAAUAAAGGCUUGGGCCAUAGGAUAGAAAGGCCAUGUGGAUUUAUACGCGCUAGUCCUAUUACAGACCAACAUGAGGACGCGAUCGUAUCAGGUGUGCAGAUUCAGCCGUAAAGUUAUCAAACGUCGCGCUUCUCUGAACGACUGAAAGAGAUCCUCAACAUGUUAUCAUUCAGUCAAACCCAUUCAAUACUUUCUCAGGAAGGCUUACAAAUGGGCGCACAGGUCUAAGGUAGUAACGAGCCUCCGCCAUGGUUCUUCUCGUUCGCUGGCCGGGGGCUAGAUCUCGACAGCCCAGCAAAGCUGUAGAGGCUACGACAUCGUCACAUUUUCAUUACAGCCCUUUGGACCAGCCAUCAAAAGGUGCGGCGCACCGUUUUUUCAGAGUUCUGCAGCUUCUACCUGGCUUGCCCUCCGAGCCUGUACAUUGCCUGCUUGAAACCCACAGCAUAGCCGACCCUCCUGCCUACGAGGCGAUCUCGUACUGCUGGGGAGAUUCUAGGCAGAACACCUCGAUCAUAUGCAACGGUAGUUUGCUUCCGGUUACGCUAAGCGUGCUCGAUGUCCUCGUUCAGCUUCGUCAUUCCAAUGAGCGCCGACGACUCUGGAUUGAUCAAGUAUGCAUCGACCAAGACAAUUUACUGGAGCGCGCAAGUCAGGUUCCUUUCAUGAGGUUAAUCUACCACAAUGCUGUGCGAACAAUCGUAUGGCUUGGUAAAUCGGACAAGCAAACUAAAAUGGCGUUCGAAUGCAUUGUUGAACUCGCCAGGAUUCGUGCCGAGUUGAUCGCGUCAGGGACUCCGUACGUCCGGAUUCCCGACACGACAGCCAUCCAGGAACGGUAUGGACUUUCUGCACUCUUCGAAAAGAAAGAGGUUCGCGCCGUCUGGCACCUACUUGAACAGCAAUGGUUCGAACGAUUGUGGAUCAUACAAGAAGUCGCAGUGUCUCGACAAAGCAUCGUCAUGCAAGGAGAGUUUCAAACGUCUUGGCAAGAACUUUCAGCAGCCACCAUGCUCAUCUGGGAGCUGAGAAUGGCAACGUACGCCUCGGAGGAGGCAUCGGUUCAUAUCGGCAUGGUAUUUUUUAUCGAAGGCAUUCGCGAACAGAUUGCAGCGAGGAGGCUGCCUUUGCUCCACAAGCUGCUGAAUCUCAUCCGCCACGCGAAGGCGACGGAUCCGCGGGACAAGGUUUACGGUAUUGUGAGUUUGUCGAGUGCUGUCCUUGACCUUGCGAAUGCACCAACCCUCUCUUACGAGCAGUCUGUCGAAGAAACGUACCGACAGUGGACGGUUUACAUCAUGCGAGACCAGAAAUCUCUGGAGAUGCUGUCCAUGGUGAACAGAUACGAGACCGUCGGCGAGCAGCUUCGUUGUAGCUGGGUUCCUGACUGGAGAGAGACGGACAAUAAUUCCUCGCACCACGUCACUGCCUGGCCGUCAGAGAAAUUCAAGGCUGCGCCCAUACCGGCGGAGCCGGACUUUAGCUUCCAGGACGGCGACGAGGUCCUCGUGAUCAAUGGACAUCUCUUGGAUCGCGUUGAAGCCGUCGGCGUGACAUGCCGUUUUACCACAUCGGAAACAAUAUUCGGCUUUUCGGCGCUAGCCUUGGCCUUCUGGUUCCAGAUGAUGUGGGCCAACUGGGAGAAGACGGUCCGGUUCGGCAAAGUCGAGAAGUACGAGCCCACCGGCGAAAAUUUCCGUGACGCGUACUGGAAGACUCUCGUCUUUGGGGAGCACGGAUACGAGCCGGAAGAGCAGGAAACCGUGCGCGUCGAGUUUGAAGAGUUUUACGCCACCUUACGACAGCCUUUUGUCGUAGUCGAAACCUUGAGGCUGCAUUGGAGCAAACAUCUGUGGGCUCUCUUCUACAUCAUCCGCAUGGUCAUCCGCGGCCUGGGGAUUGACGGCAAGAAGUGGCAUCGCGGGGCCGGGUUGGCGUUCACGGGUCGUUGUAAUCAGGCUGGCGGGCGGCGCAUAAUACGGACAAAGGAGGGCUACAUCGGCCUCGCUGUGCAUUGUGUUCGUAAAGGCGACUAUGUUGGCCUGUUCAAAGGGGCCCGAAUGCCGCUUUUGAUCCGUGCAGAUGAGAACGGCUGGAGGUUGGUCGGCGAUUCAUAUGUGCACGGCAUAAUGCAUGGCGAAGCCUGGAGACCAGACCAGGCAAGGUCCUUUGCGAUACGCUAAAGGAUGUACUGAUAUGCUCUUCCGUUGUCGUCGCAAAGAUUUAGAUUCGCUUCGUACAGCAGAAGAAAAGAAAUUCCAGCGUCAUGAUCACGAAUAUCAUUUUUAGUUCUCCUAGCC